ACAUCCACUGCACUAAAGCGCAAGAGAGAACAUCUGGCACACAGCAUCUAUAGCGUCCUCUGUCUCAAUCAGUGUAUGUGGACCAAAUAGGAAUAUGCAUUAGGUCUUCGAUGAAAGCAUAAGCUGGAUAAUUAGUUGGUUUUCUUUCUUUCUUUCUUUCUUUUUUUUUUUAACACCAAGGUGCCCGAACCUGGUCAUUUUGAACGCGCAGCUGGUUCACAUAAAAGCGCAGGAGAAAACGCUGAGCAUCAAUUGCGCCUAAAACUAUUGAUCUGACUGUCGGAUAAAAUGUGCCCCUGGUAUUCUCUUGUCCUUUUAGCCGCUUGUAUAUACAGUGAAAGAGUUUCUGAGGAUUUGGGACCAGAGGAGUUCGUCCCUGUCCGCGUACCAGGACGCACCGGGAGACGCGUUGGGAAGAGAAGCGAAGAUCAUCCGAAUUUUUUCCUCUCGGCUUUCGGGCGCAAUUUCACACUGAAUCUACAACCGGACACGAGCUUUAUAUCCCCCUCACUGCAAGUGUAUCAUAUCAGAGAGAAGGAUUUAUCCACAGCUGAGAGACAGGUGUCGGUUUCCGACCUAACAGAUGUGCGCAUGGGGAAAACAGCUGGUUCCGAACUGCAAGGUUGCUUCUUUACAGGAACCGUGGACCAGAAUGAUGAUUCAGUGGUGUCGGUUAGUCUCUGUCACGGCAUUGUAGGAUCGUUCAUUUUGGAUGGAGAUGAGUAUCAGAUCAAGCCCAAGCGCUUUGGCACGGGGACGACGCACAGCUCGACUGAGCAGCCGCAUGUAAUCACAAGACAACAUCUGCAUGAAACACUUCGAGACGCAUUAAAAAGAGAUGAGGAAAGUUCCCAGAUGUCAGGAAAACCACGGAGGGUCAGCUCAGGCUCUUCAAGACGCAGGCGCUUUGUGUCCGUGCCGAGGUUUAUCGAGACCCUGGUGGUGGCGGACGCGUCAGUGUCGAGCUUCUACGGAGAAAACACAAAGCACUAUGUCUUGAUGUUGAUGUCCGUGGCUGCGCAGAUUUACAAGCAUCCCAGCAUUAAAAACUCGCUGAACAUGGUGGUAGUGAAGUUGCUGAUAGUGGAAGACGAGAAGGCUGGACCAUCUGUCUCCAGUAAUGGAGGCUUGGCACUGCGUAAUUUCUGUUCUUGGCAGCAGCAGUUCAAUCCAUCAAGCCAGAGGCAUCCUGAGCAUUACGACACUGCUCUGCUAUUCACUAGAGAGGAUAUUUGUGGCCAUCAGAGCUGCGACACCCUUGGCAUUGCUGAUGUAGGCACCAUGUGUGACCCUAAAAGGAGUUGUUCUGUUAUUGAAGACAAUGGAAUACAAGCGGCCUUUACAAUAGCACAUGAAUUAGGCCACGUGAUGAGCAUGCCUCAUGACGAUUCCAAAAACUGUGAGAGGUAUUUUGGAACUCAGCCCAAGCACCAUGUUAUGGCUCCUGUAUAUUCUAGCUUCAAAAAGAAGUCCCCCUGGUCCCCCUGCAGUGCAUUCUACAUUACAGAGUUCUUCGACAAUGGCCACGGAGACUGCCUACUAGAUGCCCCUGAAAAGACGUUGACCUUGCCCACUGAGUUGCCUGGUGUGAUUUAUAGCCUGGACAACCAAUGCCAGCAGAUCUAUGGAGAGAAUUUCUUACACUGUCAAAAUGCCUCUGCUGGUGAGGUGUGCAGCCAGCUGUGGUGCCAGGAGGAAGGAGCGUCUCUGUGUACCACCAGAAAUGGGAGUUUACCCUGGGCAGAUGGCACAGAUUGUGGCCCUAACAGGAAGUGCCUACAUGGUGUUUGUACUGCAUCUGAGGAGGUAAUGGUAGCAAAGGAGGUGGUGAACGGAGGCUGGGGAGAGUGGGGAGUGUGGAAGCCUUGCUCUCGCAUGUGUGGUGGAGGAGUUAUGUUCUCAUACCGAGAGUGUAAUCAGCCAACUCCUCAGAACCAAGGAAAAUACUGCGAGGGACAAAGAGUUCGGUAUCACUCCUGUAAUACACAGGCCUGUGAAACCAGCCAUGGAAAGAGCUUCCGUGAAGAACAGUGUGAGAAGUAUAACAAUCCCAAUCACUUUGAUAUUCACGGAAAUGUCAAGCAGUGGACACCGAAAUAUACUGGUGUAUCACCACGGGACAGAUGCAAACUCAUUUGUAGAGCAAGAGGUAGCAGUGAAUUCAGAGUCUUUGAACCCAAGGUCAUUGAUGGAACAGCGUGCAGCCCAGAUUCCACAUCAAUCUGUGUUAAAGGCCAGUGCAUUAAAGCUGGCUGUGACCUCCAGAUUGGCUCCAAUAAGAAGCUUGACAAGUGUGGUGUAUGUGGUGGGAAUGGCCUUAGCUGCAGGAAGAUAUCAGGCUCAUAUAAUAACAUCCUACAGGGGUACAACGAUAUUGUCACAAUUCCAGUAGGCGCCACCAAUAUUGAUAUUAAGCAGCGGAGCCACAACGCCAAAAAACAUGAUGGGAACUACCUAGCUAUCAAAAAAGAAAAUGGUGAGUACAUCCUGAACGGCAACUUCUCUGUGUCAACUAUCGAACAGGACAUUCCGGCUAACGGUGCUGUGCUUAAGUAUAGUGGCUCAGCGACCAUCUUAGAACGGAUCCAGAGCUUUCGCCAACUCAAGGAAGCCAUUACCAUCCAACUCCUGUCCACCACUGGAGAGACAACCCCAGCAAAGAUUAAAUAUACAUUCUUUAUCCCUAAAGGCAUCUUUUUUAGUAAACCAAAAGAAGGAAAGCCAUCUAUGCAUCCUUUUGGUGUUCCACGUUGGGUAGUGGGAGAGUGGUCAGAGUGUUCCAAAACCUGUGGUUCAGGAUGGUCUCGGAGAACAGUGGAGUGCAAGGACAAUGCUGGCUUUUAUUCUAAACACUGUGACAAAGACCUCCGACCUGCAGACAUCAGGCCUUGUGCAGAUCUUCCAUGUCCCAUGUGGCAAAUAGGCCCAUGGUCUGUGUGUUCCCGAACAUGUGGUCGUGGGAAUCGGAAUCGCAGUGUGGACUGCACUGAUUUCACUGGGAAGGUUGUUGACGAUGAAAAGUGUGAUUUUUCCAAGCGACCCAAGAGAGUAUUCGUAGAAUGUAUGUACCAGGAGUGCUAAACUCACCUAAGAACAGUUUAACUUGAAACCUGUCUUGAAGGGCACACGUCUAGCAUGGUUUGGUGAUUCCUUUCAUCAUUAAGUCAUUAAGUAGCCCAUUAGUUGAAUGCCAUUAGUUUAGUAAGUUUUGAAAAAUCUCUUAAAAACCAAACUGUGUUGGAACUUCAGCCAUUUGGGAUCUAAUAUAAUGACAUAAAAAUGACAAACACUAUUAACCUUCUUGGCAGGGCUUUGAAGCAAAGCAGGAAAAGGUUAGUUUUAGAAUAAGGGACUAAACCAGUCCAAACGACAUGGCUUUGCUGUUUAUUGAAAACCACUAUCACAUUUUAUCCAGGAGAGAGCUACCUAAAAUGGAUAUAUUAUUUUAAUCAGGAUCUUUCUAACUGCAUCUUUUCCCAGGUUGCAAAAAUGCUGCCUCAAUACAGACCAAAUAAAUAAGUAUUCAAACAUUUUGGGAUACAUACUAGGCAAAUUAUUAUUAUGAUUUGUUUAUGGUAGGUCUGGCUGACUCACCUACAGCCAGUCAAAUACAUGACAGUUAAAUACAUUUCCUUCUGCCUGUUAGAAAAUCAUUAUUGUAUUCACUAAAUUGUUUUUGUCCAAAGCUAGUAGGAUUGUUAUGAUUUGUUUUGAGUAUUUUGAUAUGACAGAGUCAAUAUGGCUUUCCCAUCGUUCUCUGUAGUAAUUUAAACUGAAUUAAUUAGUAAUUUAAAAAAGAUUUUAGUCAUGUUUGUGACAUAAUGCAUUUACUGAACAUCUAUAUUACCUGAGGUGAUAUGAGUAUGAGUUAUUAUUAUUAUUUUUUUUAAAUUGGUUCGAUCCUUCAAUCUUUUCUGCAUUGUCACGUGACACAAACUUUAUAUGAGCAUUCCAGUUGUGUAUAUUACAUGUAUCAAACAUAUUGAAAAAGCAGUAACGUAUAUUAUUCCUUCAAUGAAGGUCUAUUUUAUUAUUUCAUAACAUUUUCAUUGAGUUAUUUAUUAUUUUUUAAGUAAAUUUACUAUGUUAUAAAUGGACUCAAAAUAAAAAGAAAAGCUGUUCUGGU